GAAAUCAUUUGAGCAAAGGAGGUGAGUGUGUGUUUUGAGAUAGCAGGCAGCAGUCACCGGCAUGAUUGAUCGACGAUAAAGAUUUCCGAUUCCGACUCCUAUUCCGAUAAUAUAGUGUAAAGAAAUCAGAUCUGAAUGGGUUGGGGAUGGGCGAUUUACGAGGGAGUGGUGGCGGUUGGUUCUCUGUCACUUCUUGGUUGGGCGGGUCUCUGGUUCUUGAACCGAAGACUCUACAAAGCGUAUGAAGAAAAACGGGCACUUGUUCAGAUCAUCUUCAGUGUCGUUUUCGCUUUCUCCUGCAACCUCUUCCAGCUUGUCCUUUUCGAGAUCAUACCUAUUCUAUCUAAAGAGGCGAGAUGGAUAAACUGGAAGGUGGAUUUAUUUUGCCUGAUAACAUUACUGGUUUUCAUGUUGCCUUAUUAUCACUGUUACUUGAUGCUUUGCAAUAAUGGUGUGAGGAGGCGACGAGCUGCAACUGGAGCUGUUUUGUUCCUGUUUGCGUUUCUGUAUGCUUUUUGGCGCUUAGGAAUCCAUUUUCCCAUGCCUUCCCCUGAUAAAGGAUUUUUCACCAUUCCACAGCUCGUCAGUAGAAUUGGAGUAAUCGGUGUGACUGUCAUGGCUGUCUUAUCUGGUUUUGGAGCUGUGAAUUUGCCUUACAGUUAUUUAUCUCUCUUCAUAAGAGAAAUCGAAGAAAUAGAAAUCAAAGCUUUGGAAAGACAAUUGAUGCAGUCAAUUGAGACUUGUAUUGGAAAGAAAAAGAAAAUCAUUCUUAGCCAAAUGGAAAUGGAGCGAGUUCAAGGACAAGAGGAGACUUUUAAGGCGGGGUCCUUUUUCAAGCGGAUUGUCGGGACAGUUGUGCGUUCUGUGCAAGAUGACCAAAAGGAACAAGAUAUUAGAGGCAUGGAAUCAGAGGUACAAGCUUUAGAAGAGCUCUCAAAACAGCUUUUCUUGGAAAUCUAUGAACUUCGGCAAGCUAAGGAAGCUGCUGCAUAUUCUCGAACCUGGAAGGGUCACCUGCAGAACCUACUCGGCUAUGCAUGUUCAGUAUAUUGUGUGUAUAAAAUGAUAAAGUCUUUGCAAAGCGUUGUCUUCAAGGAGGCUGGUUCAGUUGAUCCUGUGACCAGGACAAUCAGCAUAUUCUUGCAGUUUUUCGACAUAGGCAUUGAUGCAGCAUUGUUGUCUCAGUAUAUAUCCCUCUUAUUCAUCGGAAUGCUGGUCGUGAUAUCUGUUCGUGGGUUCUUGAAUAAUCUGAUGAAGUUCUUCUUUGCGGUUUCUCAUGUUGGUAGUGGAUCUUCGAGCAAUGUUGUGCUUUUCUUAUCUGAAAUCAUGGGGAUGUACUUUGUAUCUUCUAUUCUUUUGAUUAGAAAAAGCCUGGCAAACGAGUACAGAAUAAUCAUUACAGACGUAUUGGGCGGAGACAUUCAGUUUGAUUUCUACCAUCGGUGGUUCGAUGCAAUUUUUGUGGCGAGUGCUUUCUUGUCUCUACUUUUGCUGUCUGCACAUUACACGUCUCGUCAAGCUGAGAAACACCCGAUCGAUUGAUUCAUAUUGUAAGCCGAUAUAAGUGUUGUAGUUUAUAAUACGACAGACGGCCAACGGGCCGGAAGAUACCAUCUAUGCCUAAAGAAAAGAAAAUAUACAAAUCAUAGAUGCUCUUAUGGUUUUUUGCACCAUGAUUGAUAGAUGUUGAGAGCUUAUUUGUGUAGCUUAGAUUAUAUUACCAUGAUCCAAUC